GCCCGUCUCCCUUCCUCGGGGUGUGUACACGUACGCACGCCACAACCGGCGCCCGCAGGAUCGCAGGAUGCGAGCGUAAAACCAUCCAAAUCAUGCGCGCGACCCGCGAAGAUGAGUGCUGAGUGCGUCCACAGCGUCCAGAGGGUCCAGAGUGCGGGGUGUCCUUCGAGGAUGUGCUUAACAAUCCGCGGGAGUGCGCCGGGCAAGCAUCACAAGGAUAACGAUAACCAAGUGCUGAAGAAGUAGGCAAAGAAAAAAAAAGGAAAGAAAAACGCUGUGUGGGUUGUGAGGUGUGUGCGUGCGUGUGCAAAGGAUAACCAGAGAUAGCAAAAGGAUAUGAAGACUGGACUGGUGGCGAUUGCGGCGUUGGUCGUCCUGGUGGCGUACCUGCCGGCGGCGUCGCCCGAACAGGACGAGGAUAUUCCACAUAACGAGGUCAAGAAUUGGGCGCUCAAGUUCGGCGUCGACCUUUGGGAGUACGGCCGGCGGCAGACGCGGAUGAAGGAGCUGCAAAGGAAAUAUCACGAUGUUGAGAAGAGUGUCAUCAGGAAGGAUGGGUUGAAGAUCAUCAAGGAGAUGGCUGCCGAGGUUAAGAACAUGAUGGAUUUUAAAAUGAGUGCUGUUAUGCGAAUUAUGGAUAGUGCAGAACAAGCAGCGUUAACCCCACAGAGUGACAACGGCCAACCAUUUCGAUAUUACAACGCGGAAAAGUUGAACGCUUUCGGCGCGGACGGUAGACCAACCGAGGGUACGAGAGAGAUGCUCCUGCAUCCCAAUCCGCACUUUGAGCAUCUUCCGGUCAACACGUCCCUCAGCAGCGUGUUGCUUCCCCCACACGUCGCCGAAAAGGACCCGGAAGUAAUGAACGCCGUGCAAUGGUCCGAGCAUUUGGACCCGCUCUUCGUCAACAACUACGAGAGUGAUCCAUCGCUCUCCUGGCAAUUCUUUGGCAGUUCCAGCGGAUUCCUACGAAGAUAUCCAGGUAUGGCCUGGCCACCGGAAGAUCCUAAUUCUCAAUGGCAACGUCCGAGGAGUGCGAGGAAUGUUUAUGACUUCCGUACGUCACAGUGGUACGUCUCAGCAACAACCUCGCCUAAAGAUAUUGUUAUCCUCGUUGAUAAUUCUGGAUCCAUGGGUGGUAAGCGAGCAUCCUUAGCCAGGGCUACGGUAGAAGCCAUUUUGAACACGCUCUCCGAUAAUGACUUCGUCAACGUGUACAAGUUUUCCGACGGCACCGAGGAAACUGUCACAUGUUUCAAAGAUAGACUGGUGCAAGCAAACGAUGAGAAUAAACAAUUACUGAAGGAUUCGAUGAGUGGCCUCAGACCGGAAAACAUCGCAAAUUUCACUUCCGCUUUGGUGACGGGUUUUGAAAUUCUACACAAAUAUAACCGAACCGGAAAUGGCUGCCAAUGUAACCAGGCUAUUAUGUUGAUCACCGAUGGCCCUCCAGCGAAUUACAAGGACAUUUUUAAGAUGUACAACUGGCCGCAUCGCCCUGUGCGGUUAUUCAGUUUCCUCGCGGGUAAGGAUUCCGGUGGGCAGGAGGAGAUGCACUGGAUGGCAUGCGAGAAUAAAGGGUAUUACACUCGCAUUAGUACCGAGACGGAAGCAAUGGAGAUGGUUCUGAAGUAUAUUGAGGUGAUGGCACGGCCCAUCGUCAUGUACCAGAACGAUCAUCCCAUACAAUGGUCGCACGUUUAUGUGGGUGGUAAUGCUGAUACAUUUGGAGAUGACAGACGAGGUCAGUUGAUGACAUCAGUUACCACUCCCGUUUUUGACAGACGGAAUCACACGGUGCGUGUUGCAAACGUUUUGGGCGUUGUAGGCACCGAUGUUUCCAUCGACGAGAUCAAGAAACUCGUGCCCCCGUACAAGCUCGGCGCUAAUGGAUACUCAUUCAUCGUGAACAACAACGGGCACGCUUUGUACCAUCCGGAUCUGCGGCCGCUGCACAAUAACGAACAAUACGAGGACACCUUGGAGCCGGCGUAUUGUUCCGUCGAUCUCACCGAGCUGGAGCUCAUCGAGACCGAGCACGAACGGCCCAGGGAGAAUCACUCUGCUCUUCUGGAUUUGCGACACGACAUGAUCGAUCAGAAGCCAGGCGAGACGGAGUUCGGCGUCAAAGUACAUUAUGAUAAUAUGCGGCGGGUAACCACGAGGCGCUAUAAUUACUUCUACAACCCCAUCGAGGGCACGCCGUUCUCGCUGGGCAUCGCCCUACCACAGGGUUACGGCAUGUACGAACUGGUCGCCGAGCAGGAGAUCAAACUCAGUCAGAAAGUCGAGGAGUAUUUCAAGGGAGACAACUGGAAAGUACAUCCGGAUUGGGUGUAUUGCGAGUAUAGCAGCGGAUCAUCAGGGGAGCAGCGAUUCCGCAACGCCGAGGAUCGCGUGCGUCACUUUUUGUCUCGCAGUCGUCGCCCUGGAUGGAAAUGGAUGUCUCUGAGGCCCAGAUCUCCGACGCAAAGGGAACACCAUCAUGUUUCUACGAAAUUAGACAAAGAUGCUUACUUUUGUGAUAAAACGCUGCUUCAAUCACUGGUACUGGACGCAAAGGUGACGGAAGAGGUGGUACGCCACAGUUCACAUCCGUCGAGCGUCGAGGACGAACACCCAAUUGCAACACUUUUGGUUUUAUUGCAAAGUCGCGGCUUUCGAAUGUUCGGACUUACCAUGUCAUUCGUGGCGACACGCAGUGGACUACUUCGAUGGGUAGACCAUCAGCCAUCGAAUAAACCGGCCAAGGAACCCACUGGACCGCAUUUUAGCGAACAUAACGUACGUGCCAUGGAUGAAACCUGGUACAAACGUGCAGUUGAUCAGUAUUACAUCGAACCGGAAAGUUUUGUCUACUCGGUACCUUUUGACGUGGGUACCAGCACUGAAACUCUGGUUACCGCCACGCAUGCUGUGUUUGUUGAACAUAAAGGUCAUCGUGCACCCACGGCUGUAGUGGGACUUCAAUAUCAACAUGCAAUACUUGCCUCGCAUUUUUUGAACAUUACUUCAGCGUGUUCUGGAGCUUCUUCUUGUAAGAAAACAUGUGCCAGUAAUGAAUUGGACUGUUACAUCCUCGAUAACAAUGGUUUUAUUAUCAUUUCUGAGAAUCCCGAGCAUACAGGACGAUUUUUCGGACAGAUUGAUGGUACCAUCAUGGAUUCUUUAGUUCAGGAUAAGAUAUAUAAGAAAGUACCGGUGUAUGAUUACCAAGGAGCGUGUACAAACAGCAAAAAUAGUUAUGGAGGAGAUGCACCAAAACUAACGCCGGGGAUACCACUUCAGUACUUUUUUGGCUGGGCAGCAAAGAUUUUUGCGAUUUGGACUGCUUUUGUCAAGGUUACUUAUGGUUUUGCUUUCGCCCAAGAAGACGCUUAUGAAGAUUAUCCAUAUGAAUAUAAUCCUGAAGAAGGUCUACCUGAAGAUGUAGAUACCAUCGCGGGUCCAUUCCCCAAUGUUCCAACGUUUGUAACACCUCCGAUUGAGUCAGAUCCCUUGGAUGGUGUUGACAUGGGCCAGUUUGGUGUACGCCGCUGUGACAAAAAGACCGAUCUGUAUAUUUUACAACCGUCGCGACUAAACACAAGCGGGCAGAGCAAUCCGCUCAAGGGUAAGCUGACCAAUUGUCACGUGACAGGAUGUGAGCGGCCUUUCAGCGUGCAGAAAGUACCGCAUAGCAAUCUCAUCCUGCUUGUGGUCGACACACUCUGCCCGUGUGGCAGCAAGCAGUUGAGUAUUCAACCGCAAGAGAUCGUAUACGAUGGUGUCAAUGGCGCCUCAUGUUUGCACAAACCAAAGGACAGCUUCUAUCGACGUAGGCCGCCCAAGUGUAUCAAUUAUCAUCCUGAGGAAAUUGAGAUACACAUAUGUGGAUCAGGCAACAAGAUGGCGACCUCCAUAUUACUAAUGGCGACCGCAUUAGCUUGUCAACGAUUGUUCUCCGCGUCGUGAUUUUCCACUGGAAGUUAAACACAAGUAAAGAAAAACAAAACAAGCGCUGAAAGCAGCUUAAAAACACACACAAAACACAAAUCUGUUGACGCAAAGUAAGUAAAAUGAAAUUGUUGUAUCAUUUAAAACGUGUAAAGGUCAUCAUAUCAUAAUAUGAGAGGAGAACUAGUUAAAUUUUUUAUAUAAUUUAUAUAAAACGAUAAAAAUGUACUUUUUGGGUGUAAACUAAAUGAUGUAAAUAUUGUGGCGUGGCCGUGGACGUUUUUUCGACUGAGUGGAUCGAGGGAAAUUUUUGAAAGAAACACAAAAUGAACGAGCAAUUUCAAAGCAUAGCAGAUGAAAAAUAAAAAGAAGCACACGUAAUAAAUACUAAACAUGUAAGCAAGUAAAAAGUAAGUAAAGUAAGAUAGUCAGAUUAAACGUUUUACUCGACGGGGCGAGACGAUGAGCAAUGUUUGUUUCCGGGCGACAAUAAAAAUGGACGACUAUUUUGACAUGUAAAGAAUCAACUCUAACCAAACGCUAAUAGUAAGCUAACGUGGGAAAUGAAGAUAAUGUUAGUUAAACCUAUUUAAAUGUAGCUUAUAUACCUUUGAAAAAUAACGAAUAGACAAAGAAAGAGUCGAGCCAAGUUGAACUUGUAAAAUUGUAUAAAAAUGGCGGAGGGUUUUGGAACGAUGUAAAUUCAAUUGAUGACAAUACGAAUGGAGCACAUUGGAAGCUGGAUGUUUUAUAUUGAAUGCUCGAAGUUUUCAAAGUUUCAAAAUUUGUUUCAAAAUGAAAAAUGUCUUUGGUUUUUGUAUAAAACUCUAAUGGCGUGCUUGUACAUCUCGCUAGUCAGUUGUUUUGCGGUCGUUUAGCUUUGUAGAAAACAGCAAAGCAACGCAGAGAAAUCCGAAACAAUGCGUAUGUAUAAUUAUAAUUACGAGUAUAAUUAUCAAACCGAACGGGAACGCCAAACUCGCCGAUUGUGUGGCAAUCCGAGACUCGCAUUUGUUACGCAUUACUGAAUCAUCAUUUUCGUAGACAUUAAACCACAGAAGAAAAAAAAACACAAUUUGAAGAGAUUCAACGCAGUCAUAUCAAUAUACCGGCGAGAAGCACACGCGUGUACAUAUACUAUAUCAAAAACUACAUAAAAUCUUAGAAACUAAUCACGAUGAUGAGCAAAAUAUGAAAUUAAAAAGCAACAAAGGGUGUUUUAGCAAUAGUAAUCAUAUCACGUCUCUUUGCGUCUCGUUUUUGUGUACUCGACUUGUCUCUGCUUGGAAAAUGAACGCUGCAAGAUGGCGGCGUGGCUGCCAUCUUGUGGUUAUGUGUUUCUUGCGUUGCCUAUCGUUUAAUUGUCGUGUGUGAGUGGAACUCGAAUGUGAAUCGAAGUCAAAUCAAAACCAAACACAAUGUAAGAUGUAAACCACAUGUGUGUAACAUGUUUUGAUUGAAACGAAGCUGUUUUCUAUAGUCAAUCAGCGCGUGCGCACAUACAACAACAAAUGGUUUGAAGAAUGAAUGUUUCUAGCCUAUAGCGUGUUUGAUACGGCCACUCUAGCUUUAGACGAAUAACUAAAUAUUAACACUAUAAAUGAAAAGAAAAAAAAACUGAGUCUUCCAAUUAAAACAAAUAAUUAAUUGUAAGUGAUAUACAUAUGAAUACUGUACUCCGCGCGCGCGCAUGCGCACUUUUCAGCUAGGGCGCGUGCGCGUGCGACACACGCCUACACGAUCACACACACACACACCACAUACAUAAGACACUCACACUAAACAUAUAUAAACUAAUUAUAGGCAAAAUGUAGUGUUUACUAUGUAUUCCAUUCGAAAAAAUGAAAUCAAGAUGAUAAAAAUGGUAAAACCAGACGAGAUAUGCAUUUGUAGCAUUCGCAGAUAUCGGCAUAUUGUUCAUAUAUUACAAAAAAUAUAUCAGAAAAGCACAAAAAAAUAAAAUUGUGACAAAAUGAAACCACAUCAUCAAAAAUCGAUUCAAAGAGUCUACCAAAAUGUUUGUUGUCUGUUGUACUAUGAAUGUAUAACAUAUACUAGACCUACCACCAUUACAAAAUAUUUAUCUUAAACGAAUUGCAUAGUUUUAAUUAAUUAAUUAUAAAUUAAUUAAAUGAUAUAUUUAUCAAA